CUACAAAUUCUCUUUUGUGCUUAAGUUCUUCCAUCAUCAAUUCGUGUAGAAGAUUUUUCGCGUAAAGACAUUUUUACUUGACGCAAGUUUAAAUAAAUCUACCAUCAAAAAAGAUAACAAAUUAAGAACGAAUAAUGUAUUUUGAAUUCUACAAAAUCUGUUUGUAAAAUUUUAUUUGUAUGCGUGAAUUUUAAAGUGAAAGCUUAAAAUUUUUUUUGCAGAAUUUUUGGUUUUUAUUUGACGUCCGUCAAUGCAUCAUAUAAUAGAAAAAAAGCUAUCCAUACGUUUGGUUAAGAACUGCCAUAAAUCGGGAAUAAAGCAAGCCAUCUAAAAAAAAAAAAUUAUUUAGUAAAAAGAAAACAUCAAUGGGUACUAAUUCAGGAGCUACGACUGGUAUUAAUAAUAAACCUGUGGGCGCGGGUGGUGGUACGGGUGUAGUCGGUGCAAGUCUUGGUGGCGGCAGUACAAAUCUUGGUGUUAAUAUAGGAAACAAUAGUAACAAUAGCAACUUAGGUGGCGGCAGUAGCCCAAACAUGAAUUUAAAUAGCGGAAGUAAUAACCCUGCCUCCGCCGUUGUCGGUUUAGGCGGAGUGGGCAACAAUAUCACGAAUUCGAACAGUGAUGACGGCAAUGGCGGUUCCGCCGUUACCAAUAAUCAACAGGCUACACCACAAUACACCAUACCCGGCAUACUGCAUUUCAUACAACACGAGUGGUCACGCUUUGAAUUGGAACGUUCGCAGUGGGAUGUUGACCGUGCCGAAUUGCAAGCUCGUAUAGCUAUGCUGUUGGGUGAACGCAAGUGUUUAGAAAGCCUUAAGUCGGAUUUAACGCGGCGCAUUAAAAUGUUAGAGUAUGCUUUGAGGCAAGAACGUGCCAAAUUUUAUCGCUUAAAAUAUGGUACCGAUCCACCACAACUGAAUGAAAUGAAACCAUCAAAUGAAGACACAUCUCUGGGCGCUGAAGUGGCGCCCGAUUCAGAGGUACCGUACAGUUCCGUCUCAAAUACAACAUGGCGACAGGGACGGCAAAUGUUGCGGCAAUAUUUGGCGGAAAUUGGUUACACGGACAACAUUAUAGAUGUACGUUCGAAUCGUGUACGUUCCAUAUUGGGUCUUAAUAAUAAUGCCGAACAGGAGGAGAAUGUUAGUCCUAAUGUCAAUGGCAACGAGAAUAACAAACGAGCUUCAGAAUCGGAAGGACGUCGAACACCUGCUAAAAAGAUCCAACAGCCCAGUGAUACUUUAAUAUUAGAUACUGAAGCGGCUGUAAUGGCAAAUUUCGAAUUUCUAGGUCCAACGGAAAUGUCAGAUGACGAUGAAAUCUCCGAUGAUUUAGAAUUGGUUGGCGGCGAUAAUGAUAAGCCCCAUAUGGAAAGCAGCACCUUAAAUGCCAAACUCCUACGCAGUGAAGAUCUAGAAGCCGCAGUGGGGGAGCAGCUACUGAAUGAUAUUAAUCUUAUUACUGAAGGAUAUUCAACUUCAAAUACUGAUCAAUCGGAAAAAAUAACAGUUGGGUCAGCCGUGGCACGUCGUAGUCUGAUUACGGCUGUGACUGCUGCAGGUGAUGAAGAUGUAGACGCCUCGCUAGGUUUAGGAGAAUUAGCGCAGUUGACCGUAAAUAACGAUUCAGAAGGGACAUAUGAUUCGAAUGCAAAGGAUGGUACGGGCUCGGGUACAGGUGGCACUGGUUAUCGCAAAACAUGGAAUGCUAAAUAUACGUUACGUUCCCAUUUUGAUGGUGUCCGAGCUUUAAUUUUUCAUCCUGAAGAACCGGUGCUUAUAACCGCUUCAGAGGAUCACACAUUGAAGCUGUGGAAUUUACAAAAAACAGUGCAAGCCAAAAAGUCUGCUAGUCUUGAUGUCGAACCAUUGUACACUUUUCGGGCUCACACAGGACCAGUACUUUGUUUAGGCAUGUCAACUACUGGUGACACCUGCUACUCGGGAGGUUUGGAUGGCAACAUUGAAUGUUGGCAGUUGCCAUCACCGAAUAUAGAUCCGUAUGACUGUUACGAUCCUAGCGUACAUUCGGGCACCCUUGAAGGACAUACAGACGCUGUUUGGGGCCUGACAACUAUGCACAGUAAUAUAGUGUCGUGUUCGGCCGACGGCACCGUAAAACUCUGGUCGCCAUACACUAAAGAACCACUGUUACGCACUUACACCGCUUCGGAAGUCGAAGGUGUCCCCUCUUCCGUAGAUUUUGUACGUAAUGAGGUCGAUCACAUCGUAGUGGCUUAUAAUAGUGCUCAUUGCAUAAUCUACGAUACGGAAACCGGCAAACAAAUUAUUAAAUUAGAAGCUGCACAAGAAAUGUCCGGAAAUACGGGGAAAUUUAUUAAUAAAGUCGUCUCACAUCCAACGCUGCCUAUAACAAUUACAGCACACGAGGAUCGGCACAUACGUUUUUGGGACAACACUUCGGGGACAUUGGUGCAUUCUAUGGUGGCUCAUUUAGAACCGGUGACGUCACUGGCUGUCGACGCUCAUGGUUUAUAUUUGUUAUCGGGCUCGCACGAUUGCUCGAUACGUCUAUGGAAUUUGGACAAUAAAACCUGUGUGCAAGAGAUAACGGCACACCGCAAAAAAUUCGAUGAAAGCAUAUUCGAUGUAGCUUUCCAUCCUACAAAGCCCUACAUAGCUAGUGCGGGAGCAGACGGCCUGGCCAAGGUGUUUGUCUAGACGGCAAUGGUAACAAUGAUAACAGCAGAUACGAUCAACAACGAUGAAGAGGGGACGACAAUUUAUUGAACAUAAAAUAAAUGUCAAAUUAACCUAUGUUGUGUAGAAGAGUGGAUGUUAUGUGUGAAACAAGAAAUGCAUGUGAAUGAAACGUAGUGUUAAUCAACCAACUGUGUGUUUUAUAUAAAUGCGCAUUAUUUAGUAGAAGCGAUGGCAGGCGCAUACAGGCAGCCGUAACAUACAUAUAAAAAAAAAAAAUAAAUUUACUUACAUAAUGACAAUGAAAUGGAGUUUUCUCUUAAACUCACAUACGAAAAAAGGUGAUGAAAACAACUUGAUAGAAAUUCACUCGACGUAAGCUCUCAUACAUACAGAUCAUUGAAAUGCUUAAGUUAUGUUUGCAAAUAUCUUUUUUUUUUUUGGCAAAUCUGGCAAAUCGUAUAAUGAUCGUUUAUUACCCUCAAGGCGAAGAUGAGAGACGACCACAAUGUUAAAAGUUAAGUUAAAUCGUGAAUAAGGAAAAUAUUAUUAUAUAAACUACAAAAGAAAAACAAACACUCACACAUGUCAACACACGCAUGCUCUCUUUCAUAGAAAUAAAAAUGACAUGAUUUAAAAAUUAUAAUAUAGGAAAAUAUAAAUAUUUAAUAUAUAUAUAUG